AUGGUAGGGAUGGAGGAAGAGGAGGAGGAGCAACGACGGCCGCCGGUGAGCCCAUUCGGCGUCUACUUCAACAGCUCGUCCAUUUCACUGGCCGUCCUCGCCGUUUUGGAAAUUGAAGAACCGAUCAACAUCCCUCACUCUCGCCUCGUUUUCCUCCUCGACACCCUCCUCCUCCGCGUCCACCCUCGUUUCUCCUCCGUCAUCGUGACGGGAAAGGACGGGGAGCAACGGUGGAAGAGGGUGGAAGUGAACCUCAAGGACCACAUCAAGACCGCCAUUUUCCCGGAGAACAGGUCGCCGGAAUACUACGAGGAGCGCUUCAGCAGCUACCUGUCGGAGAUAUCCGCGGAGCUGUUCCUCGGGAACCGCCCGCUUUGGGAGAUUCACUUCGUCAAGUACCCGACGACGAACGCGGCGGGAAACGUGAUCUUCAAGAUUCACCACGCCAUCGGCGACGGCUACUCCCUGAUGGCGGCGCUGCUCUCCUGCUUCAAGCGUUCCGACGAUCCUUCCCUUCCCCUGACGUUCCCCGACAUCCGAAUCCGCAGCUCGGGUGACGCCGGCGGCGGGAAGAAGGCGGCGGUGGCGAGGGCUCUGGCGUCGGCUUUCAAUACGGUGUCGGAUUUGUGGACGAGCUUCUCCAAGACCAAGCUCCUGGCCGACGACCUGUCGCCCGUGCGCUCUGGAGAGACGGGAGUCGGGUUCCGGCCGAUCUCCGCGGCGACGAUGGCCUUCUCUCUUGAUCAAAUCAAGCAGAUCAAGAGCAAGCUGGGAAUGACAGUGAACGACGUGGUGACAGGGACCGUGUUCUUGGGGACGCGAAUGUACAUGAAGGAAAUGGAACCGGGUUCGGAGGAGGCGGAGACCACAUCCAUCGUCGUUUUGAACACCAGGAUGCUCCGCAGCUACAACUCCGUCCACGACAUGAUGAUGAGCAAGGCCACCGAAUCUCCCUGGGGGAACCACUUCGCCUUUCUCCAUGUCGGACUGCCCAAGCUCAUGGUCGGCGGCGCAACAGGUAAUUACGAUGAUAACAACGGCGCCCGGCAGGAGUCGACGAUGGCACGCCGUUCGUUGGAGUUUCUCAAGGCGACCCAGAAGCUCAUCCAGAAGAAGAGAUCCUCCGUCGCCGUGCACCUCAACGGCCGCCUCAUUCAGCUUUACAGGAAGCUGAGAGGCUCCGAGGCAGCAUCUAGUUACGUGUAUUGGGCAGUGAAGAACACAAGCAUGGCAAUCACCAACAUGAUCGGUCCUACAGAGAAAAUGACUCUCGCGGAUCACCACGUCAAAGGCCUCUACUUUCUGCUUGCUGGCAACCCUCAGAAUCUGACGAUCACGAUGGUGAGCUACAUGGGACAGAUGAGAGUGUCCAUAGGAACGGAGAAGGGUUUCAUAGAUCCCAACAAGCUCAAGUCUUGCAUCCAAAGGGCUUUCGACCUCAUUCUCAAUUCUACUUGCUAG